AUGUUAGCUGAGCGGUUGCUGGCCAGCCGCGCGGCCGCGCUGGUCGCUGGGCUUCCAGCUGAGCUAUACUCAGGUGCUCUUCUGGCCGCGUGGCCGCCAUCACCCCCAGCGCCACUGUUACCGCCUCCGGAACUGGAACGCGCACGAAAACGCCGACGCACGCCCAAAUUAGAUGAUACCUCCACAACCGCACCUCCUUCACCACCAUCAUCAGGCUCCUCUCCCGGAGCUACCGACCCCCCUCGUGAUAAACUGUUUACUUGCAAAGUGUGUUCACGUUCAUUUGGCUAUAAACACGUUCUACAAAAUCACGAACGUACGCACACCGGUGAAAAACCUUUCGAGUGCGGGGAAUGCCACAAACGUUUUACUCGUGAUCACCACCUUAAAACCCAUCUUCGCCUCCAUACGGGCGAGAAGCCGUACAGCUGCCCUCAUUGCCCCCGCCAUUUCGUGCAAGUCGCGAAUUUGCGGCGGCAUCUUCGUGUGCACACCGGGGAACGUCCGUACGCAUGCGCGCGUUGUCCAGCUCGCUUCUCAGAUUCAAAUCAACUGAAAGCGCACGCAUUAGUUCAUGAGGGUGAUGCUCCAUUUGCAUGCCGCUGCGGAGCUAGAUUUAGGCGACGACAGGCAGCUGCAUUGCACCGCUGCGCUGGCACUGGCUGUGAACCCGACGCGCCCAGCCCGCCGGUGGCCGCAGGGGCUGACUGGCGUUGGGAUGAAUGGCCUGAACAGACGGAGCCCGAGGAUCUAUCGCUGCCUCGGAGGCCGGCAACGCCGGAUUCUCCCACCGACCUGCGCGUGCACUCCGCGUAG